AUGGGGCUCGAGGAGGACGGUGGCACUGCGGGAAAGGACGGGGUGAGGGGCGGCGCCGGCGAGGAACCGGCGACGAAGGAGACGGUAGCAGAAAGGUCGGGGGAGGAAGGAGGAGAGGGAGAUGGGAAACAGAGCUUAGAGGGGCAAGAUGAAGGCGAAGAAGCCGACGAUGUAGAGGACGAAGAGAGGCUCGAUUUGGGUCCUCGACUCACCCUCAAGCAUCAACUGGAGAUGGAUAAGGUUCCCCCGUCCUCUCCUCUCCCCCACCGUUUUCUUUUCUUUCAGCUUCUUCCCUUUCUACCUGUACCUGUGAGCCUUAUUCGCCUCGUGACACUGCAGGAAGAUGAGAGUCUCAGGAGGUGGAAGGAGAAACUCCUGGGAAGCUUGGACCUGGCCUCCGUAGGAGGUCUCUCUCUCUCUCUCUCCUCUGGUCCUUGCAUCCAGUGGUAAUUAAUCGUCACUCAUCGUGGGGAACUGGGUAUUAUUGUUCACCUUUUGCAGAGAAGCUGGAGCCGGAAGUGAAGAUCCUGAGCCUCUCGAUCCUAUCCCCGGGGAGGCCUGACAUCACCCUCGCCAUUCCCUCCGUGCCCAGCUCCAAGAGGUCCUGGUUCACCCUCAAGGAAGGCAGCCAUUACCGGCUCAAGUUCUCCUUCUCGGUCUCCCACAACAUCGUCUCUGGUCUAAGAUACACCAACUCCGUCUGGAAGGCCGGCGUCAAGGGUCACCUCUCUCUCUCUCUCUCUCUCUCUCUCUCUCUCUCUCUCUCUCUCUCUCUCUCUCUCUCUCUCUCUCUCUCUCUCUCGCUCUCUCUCUCUCUCUCUCACUCACUCUCUCUCUCUCUCUGUGUUAAGUUUCUCUUCUUCCUCAUCGUCGUCUGAAAACCAGUGGACAGCACGAAGGAGAUGCUCGGGACCUUCAGCCCCCGGCAGGAACCCUACGUCUGGGAGUUACCGGAGGAGACGACACCCUCCGGGAUCUUCGCAAGGGGCUCCUACUCCGCGAGGUCAAAGGUAACUCACAGAUCAGCCGCGUCGUCCUAGUUCCUCUUGUUCAUGGAUCGUCUCCCGCGGUCAACCCCCGCCUCCCUGUUGGUCACCAGUUCGUUGACGACGACGGGAAGUCUCACCUGGAGAUCAGCUACACCUUCGAGAUCCGCAAGGAGUGGCCGACGUCGGCGAGCAGCUAG